AUGUCCUCGCCACUCUCCGCCGACGAUGAAGAUAUCUUCGAGCGCCUCCAACAACGUGCCGAUCCGAAUGUGCUCGAGGAACAGCAGCAGGCCGUCUAUGAGCGAACGACUGCGAUCUACCAAAAGGCACAGACUCGCCUCGUCGAAUUGAUUGACCAGAACUCCACUUUGCCAUGUGUCAUCUCUUCGGUGCAAGUCACUGGCGCCAGCCAUACCCGUCGAGGCUUUCUGGAGCGGGUUCUCGACCCUCUUUUGAGCAGUAAUCAGAACAGACCCUAUACGCUCUCUGAGGCCUUGCGGGAAAUUUCGGCACGCGCAGACAAGCUCAACAGAUUCGACAUCUUCCACCAGCCCGUUUCAGUGUUUCUAGAUCAAUCGCCGGAAGCAGACGCGCUGUCGGGCAUACCGAACAUCAAUGUGCACCUCGCGGUUAAAGAACAGUCUCGCGUACUGCUCAAGACGGGAACCGACCUCGGAAAUACCGAGGGAUCCGCAUACGGCAAUCUCCUCUGGCGCAAUGUAUUUGGCGGCGCGGAGAACCUGAACCUGAAUGCCUCAAUGGGCACCAGGACAAGGUCUGCCUAUCAGGCCACUUUCGAGACCCCGAUCCUCAGUGAUCCAGACUUCCGCCUGGAACUCGGUGGCCUUGCAAGUGCCACGCAAAAAUCCUGGGCAAGCCAUGAGGAGGUGCUGAAAGGAGGGUGGAGCAAGCUUCGGUGGGCGAGCCCAUCUGGUCACCGCCAUGAGCUUGGCUACAGCGGUUUCUGGAGACAGAUGACUGGCCUCUCCGAGAAGGCAUCCCCUUCGGUCCGAGCUGAUGCGGGCGAUAGUGUGAAAAGCAGUAUCUUCCAUAGUUGGUCUACAGACCGAAGGAAUAGUCCUCUUCUUCCAUCUCGUGGCUAUUAUGCGAGGGCUUUCAAUGAGGUGGCCGGCUGGGGCCCUUUGAAAGGCGAUGUUUCCUUCUGGAAGUCCGAAAUUGAAACACAGGGCGCAAUUCCCAUUCCAAUCCCUGGCAUCGAAGGCGACAGUGGGAUCAGUUUGACUACUGGGCUCCGUGCUGGACUCCUCUAUCCUCUUGGACUCGAUUCUGCUCUCCGGCCUCAGCUCUCUCGCACUAAUGACCGUUUCCUACUUGGGGGGCCCACGGACGUUCGUGGGUUUCGCCUUUGCGGUCUUGGGCCCCAUGACGGAGGAGAUGCUAUUGGCGGUGAUGUAUAUGCUGCCGGAAGUGCCAACUUGCUGCUUCCACUACCCAGAGUCGGCGCGGAAAAGCCUCUACGGCUGCAGGCUUUUGUCAACGGCGGACGGUUGUUACCCCUACGCACGAGGGAGAAGAACACCCCCACGUCUGAUACCGAAGUGAAGGACGCCAUGAUCUCAACGGUUUCGGAACUGGCAAAUGGCCUGCCCAGCAUCGCGGCAGGAGUUGGACUUGUACCUUUGGCCGCAAUGGCCCAGUACUACUCGCAACAACGGCCUUACGAGGUCCAGCCCUCGGCGCAGAAUCUCCAAUUCUAUCCUUCCUCAUAUACUACCGUAUCUGGCCACACAACGCCAUCACAGGCGUCUUACGGCGGGUUUGGCGCUCCGCCCAAUCCAGCAGCUCAGACCUACCCCGUUGGAGGGGUUGGGGGCGGAUAUGGCGGUUUCGGAUCUCCAACUGCGGGGGUCAGUGGAAGGAUGGGCGAGCAGGGAGGAUUGAGGACCGGAUGGCUUGCCGCGUUUGGCACAGAGGGCUAUGAAGGUGAACCGCCGCUCUUAGAGGAGCUGGGGGUCAACUUUGAGCAUAUUCGGACAAAGACGUUGACUGUGCUCAAUCCCUUUGCGCGCAUAGACCAACAUCUCAUGGAUGACAGCGACCUGUAUGGCGCACUUCUCUACAUCGUCCUCUACGGAACAUUCCUCCUGCUUUCCGGCAAGGUCUUCUAUGGCUACAUCUACGGGGUCGCAGUCUUUGGGACCGUUGCUUUGCACUUGAUUCUCAGCCUGAUGUCGCCAGCUCUUGACACAGUCGCUGUGCCCAACGUUGUAGACCCCGCCAAUUACUCCACUCACCACAAACCCUCCAUAUCCGACACCUCUGCUGCCGGUCACUUUUCCGCCACUCUGACCUUCCCCCGCUCAGCCAGCGUUUUGGGUUACUGUUUCCUCCCGCUGGUACUGACAAAUUUAGUGGGGAUUCUGAUUCCUAUGGACACGAUGUUCGGGUACCUACUGACUACUGCGGCCGUCGGGUGGUGUACAUAUAGCUCCUCGGGAAUGUUUUGUGCUGUUGCCCGGAUGCGCGGCAUGAGAGGUCUAGUUGCUUAUCCUCUGGCGCUGUUCUAUGUUGUUUUCGGGAUCAUGGGCAUUUUCUCUUCUCGUGGAAGUGGUACUUUGGCUGCGAAGACUGGUACGGCCUGAUAUAUGAUUCUACCAAACCAAUCAUGACGAACUAUAGCUUCUCUUUCUUUCUCUUUACACCCAAUUUUCCCCCAGUUAUGUCAUUAAAUUGCAUAGUCAUGGAAGCGGAAUGCAUAAAUACUAUGAUCAUGAGUUAUCAUGGCCCAUUGAACCCGAUUUGUACGUACAAAACAG